AUGGAACAACAACCGCUCCAGCCGCAGCAGGGCGAACUGAACUGGCGCCUCAGUGCCCAUCCGAUUACUCUCCUGUUCUUCCUGGGCUUUCGCAUCGGCGCCCUACUGAUGUACCUCUUCGGCGUGCUCUUUAUCAAGAACUUCGUCCUCGUCUUCAUCAUCACCCUCCUCAUCCUUUCCGCCGAUUUCUACUACCUCAAAAACAUCGCCGGUCGCCGACUGGUCGGUCUCCGCUGGUGGAACGAAGUCAACACUUCCUCCGGCGACUCUACUUGGGUCUUCGAGUCCUCCGAUCCCACUACCCGCACCAUCACCGCCACGGACAAACGCUUCUUCUGGUUGAGUCUGUACGUGACGCCUGCACUAUGGAUUGGCCUCGCCAUUUUGGCCAUUAUUCGUUUGAGCAGUGUGAUUUGGUUGAGUCUUGUUGCCAUUGCCCUCGCCUUGACCAUCACCAACACUGUUGCGUUCUCCCGGUGCGAUCGCUUCAGUCAGGCUUCCACCUUCGCGAAUAGUGCGCUUUCGGGUGGAGUUAUGAGUAACCUUGCGGGUGGCCUGCUGGGCAGGCUUUUCAAGUAG